AUGGCAGACGCAGGUGCAGGAUCAUCCGAUGGAAAAAUGGUGAAGAUCAAGCCACAGGAUAAGUCGUUGGGAUUCGAUGGGAACAAUGUCGACAGAUUCUUGUCUGACUAUCAGCUGGCGGCGAGGUUGGAUGGCGCAUCCGAUAGUGAUAUGGCCCAGCAAGUUCGGUUCUUUGUGCGCGGCGAGGAAGUUAAGGAUGUGCUCGAAACGUUGGACGGCUUUGAAACCAAGGAGUGUCGUUGCCCACAUCAACUCGUUGGAGGAGAUUCGAACAUUGUUUUAUUGCUCGUUUUCGACGGCGGUGCAAGAGAGGAUUUGGGAUCAGCUUAUCAAAGACAAGACAAUGAUCACGACAAGGCUGUAGACGAGGUUAUGAAGGGUCAGCCUGCAUUGACUUUUGAGGAUUCUAGAUCUUCCAAUCCUGUCUCGACGUCGCUGUUUAAGCAGUCCAAUGAAAUAAUGAAUAAGAUGGAGACGGAUCGGCGACCAAAAGAGGCUCCUGUUUCAGCAAAGGCACCGGCCACCAUCGAUGAAAUUUCGAAGAUGCUUCAGUCAUUUGAGCAAAGGCUUGAGAAGAAGUUUUUGGCAAGCGCUGCACCUCCUUCUUCUUCAGUACCGCCUGCACCAUGA